ACUUUUUUAUUAACCUGUAUUUGGCGCCAAACACUGGGGCCAGUGGAUGAUUCUUGGGAUGAUUGAAAAUCGCCAUUGGAAAAUCGCUUGUUUUUUCAAUAAAAGGGAGUGAGGAGCUGGUAAACAAAAUAAGAUUAUCUGCCAUUUAAGGCUCACUGAAAUGGCAGACUCUGAUGACGUGGGCCUCGCGGCGGGCCGUUCGCGUCGCUCUCGCCGUGAAAACACGGGACGCACUGCCGCCCUGGACAAGAUCCGCAGUGGUCAGAAGAACAAGUACGAAGUCACGGACGACGACCGGGUGUACGACGUCGUCGACGAGAGCGAGUACUCGCGGCGCGUCCAGGAGCGGCUCGAGGACGACUGGAUUGUGGACGAUGGUGGCGGCGACGGGUACGUCGAAGACGGCCGGGAGAUAUUCGAUGACGACAUCGUGGACGACGGUAGCAGCAGCGGAGCCAGCAGGGCCAAGAGAAAGUCCAACAGCCGCGUACGAGAUCCGUCGCAGCCCAAGAAGAGCAACAUCAGGGACAUGCUGCUCAACAUGCCAGGCAAAAAGCCGCGCAAAGACGUCAAGCUUGAAGAGGAUACCGAUCUGCAGAACAUCCUGCAGGACAUCAAGGCGUCGCCGGCCAUCGCCGCCAAGGGCCCGACGCUCAAACGCAAACCGGUCCCCGGCGCAGCGGCCCUAGCGAAGAAGCCGCUGACGCCGUCUGCGUCCCGGGAUUCGCUGACUCAGCUGAAGACGACGCCUGUCGCGCGCACAUCGACCGUAGCGAGAACGGAGCGGCCCAGGGUCAACGGACGGCCAAUUAAGAAGGAGAACAGCGACCCGGCUUCACAGCUGAUUGAGGAAUUCCCUGCGACUCAAGAGCCUGAUGACAAGCACGCGGAACGGGAGGCGGCCGAGGCCCUGAUCCAGGAUGACGACUCAAUGUUCGAGAGCAUGGAUCUGCCGGACGGUGAUCUGGAGGAAGACGUAGCCGUCCCCGCCGUCGCCGAGGUCAAACCAGUGAAAACUGAGCCGGCGGCGGACGUGACCUCUGAGUGGCAGCGAACCACCCAGCUGUGCGUGGAUCCGCCUCCUUCCACCGAUACCGUGGUAGACGCGUCAUCCCUGCCGCUCACCACGAACGCCAAUGGAGAUCAGGUGUUGAGGUUCUUCUGGCUGGACGCGUACUGCGAUAACGCAUCCACGAACAGCGUUGUGUACCUGUUCGGUCGGGUCUGGGUACAAUCGGCCUCAGCCUACGUGUCCUGCUGCGUGCGCAUCUCAAACGUGCCCCGACGGGUGUUCCUCCUGCCGAGAAAACGGCGACUGAACCCGCGCACUGGCGAGGAGGGAGACGAGAUCACCAUGAAGGACGUCUACGAGGAGUUCAACAACAAGAUCGCCAGCCGCUUCAAGAUCGCAGAGUUCCGCUCCAAAGUCUCCACCAAGAGCUACGCGUUCGAGAAGUUCGAGGUGCCCAAUCAGGCCGACUACCUGGAGGUUAUGUAUUCUUCGCAGUACCAGGCGCUGCCUCAGAACCUGGAGGGUGAGACCUUCAGUCACGUGUUCGGUGCCAACACGAGCACCCUGGAGGCCUUCCUCAUCGGCAACAAGGUCAAAGGACCCUGCUGGCUCGAGGUCAAGAACCCGGCCAUACCCCAGCAGAAGCUCAGUUUCUGCACCAUCGAGGCGGCGGCCACCCUGCCGCAGCCGGGCCUGGUGUCGGCCACCACGGCGCCUCCGCCGCCGCUCACCGUGCUCACACUGGCCACACGUACCGUGGUGAACUCGCGUACCCAUCAGAGCGAGCUGGUGCUCGUCUCCUGUCUGGUGCAUAAGGAGUUCCGACUGGACGCCGCCGCGCCGACACCCCUCUUCCAGCAGCAUUUUUGUGCGCUAACGAAGCCGGCAGACGCGGCCUGGCCAUACGACAUUGACCGGCAGCUGACGGGAUAUACCGCAACGACUGUCAGAAAAUGCGUCAACGAAAAGGCGCUCAUCUCGUUCUUCCUCGCCAAGAUGAACAAGCUGGACCCGGACAUCGUGGUGGGUCACAACGUGUACGGCUUCGACUUGGACGUGCUGCUGAGUCGGUGUCGGCUGCUGAAGGUCGGCCAGUGGGCGCACAUGGGGCGGCUCCGGCGCUCCGGCGACGUCCUCUUCAGAACGAAAUUCUCGGACGACUCUGUACGCCGGAGUGCCAUGUGCGGCCGGUUGCUGUGCGACACCUUCCUAUCGGCCAAGGAGCUGACCAGACAGAAGAGCUACGACCUGCCUGAACUGUGCAGAACGGUUCUGCGUCUGCCGGACGCCGAGAUCGUGGACCUGUCACAGGACAAGGUGUCGGGCAUGUUCACGGGCUCGCGACCGAUCCUGGACCUGGUGACGAUGACCAUGCAGGAGGCGCACAACGCCGUGCGAGUGCUGGCGGAGCUCAACGCGCUGCCCCUCGCACUGCAGAUCACGUGUCUGGCCGGUAACCUCAUGUCUCGCACCCUGCUGGGCGGCCGGGCCGAGCGGAACGAGUUCCUGCUGCUGCACGCCUUCACCGAGCGCGGCUACAUCGUGCCCGACAAACAGUACGGCAAGAGGAAGUUCGCUCGCGCCGUCGAGCCGGCCCCGGGUGAGGAGGACGCGGCGGAGACCACCACCGCCGACUCCAAGGGACGCAGGAAGCCCAAGUACGGAGGCGGCCUGGUGCUCGACCCCAAGAAGGGCUUCUACGACCGCUACAUCCUGCUGAUGGACUUCAACUCGCUCUACCCCAGCAUCAUCCAGGAGUACAACAUUUGCUUCACGACGCUGCCGCGGCUGGCGCCCACCAAGCAGGAGGACGAGGACGACGAGGUGUCGCUGGAGAUGCCCGCCGACGACCUGGAGACCGGAGUGCUGCCCAUGGAGAUCAAGAAGCUCGUGGACCGACGGCGCGCCGUCAAGCAACUGAUGAAGGCCGAAAACACCAGUCCCGAGGAGAUGAUGCAGCUUGACGUGCGCCAAAAGGCCCUCAAGCUGACCGCCAACAGCAUGUACGGAUGUCUGGGAUUCGACUCUUCCCGGUUCUACGCCAAACAUCUGGCCGCCCUCAUCACAGCCAAGGGUCGCGACAUCCUGAUGCAGACCAAGUCGCUGGUGGAGCGGAUGGACCUGGAGGUGGUGUACGGAGACACCGACUCCAUCAUGAUCAACUCGCGCCAGCUCAACUACGACCAGGUCAUGGAGCUCGGAAAGGAGAUCAAGCGUGAGGUGAACAAGCUGUACAAGCUGCUGGAGCUGGAUGUGGACGGGCUGUACCGCUACAUGCUUCUGCUCAAGAAGAAAAAGUACGCGGCCGUGGCGGCCAGUCGCGGCUCCGAUGGCGUCAUCCAGUACACCCGGGAGCUGAAGGGUCUGGAUAUCGUGCGCCGAGACUGGAGUCAGCUGUCGGCCAACUGCGGCACUUACGUGAUCGACCAGAUAUUCUCUGCGCUGAACCAUGACGAGAAGUUGGAGCGGAUACACACCCAUCUGGAGACGGUGCGGCAGCGUCUGGAGCAGGGCCAGGUGCCGCUGGCCGAGCUCGCCAUUACCAAGGAGCUGAAGAAGAACCCAGAGGAGUACGCCGACAAAAAGGGCCAGGCGCACGUGAACGUCGCCCUGAGGGUCAACUCGCGGGGCGGGAAGAAGCUGAGACGCGGUGACACCGUUCAAUACAUCAUCUGUAAGGACAACAGCGGCCUGGACCCGAUGCAGCGCGCCUACUCAGUGGAUGAGGUGGCGGAGAGCCAGGGCCAGCUGACGCCGGACGUCGAGUACUACCUCUCUGGCCAGGUCCACCCGGUGGUCAGCCGACUGGUGGAGCCGCUGGAGGGAACCGACGCCGCCAGACUCGCCCAGGCGCUCGGCCUGGACCCGUCCAAGUUUCGUCAGCAGGCGGCCCGCCAGGACACCGGGCCCGACUCCCACCAGGGCCUGACCGGGGUCUCCGAGGCACAGCGGUUCGCCGGCUGCCAGCCGCUGCUGCUGCCCUGCGUCGGCUGCCGCCAGCAGCAGAAGUUCGCCAGCGUGUUCACAGAUGGCGCGCACAAGCUGCGAAUGGCCCAGUGUGAUAAUGAGGAGUGUAAAGCGGUGCCGGUGGAUUAUCUACCGCUGAUCGUCAACAAGCUGCGGCUGGAGAUCAGGAACGCCGUCAGACAGUAUCUCCAGGGUGUGCUGUACUGCGAGGACCCGGGCUGUCCGCACGAGACGAGGCGCAUACCGUUUCGCUUCGAGCGGGGAUUCCCCACGUGUGACCUCUGCCACAAGGCCGUGCUCAUCCCAAAGUACGAUGAUCGGUCGCUGUACAACCAGCUCUGCUACUACCAGCACAUCUUCGACCUCAAGAAGGCGCUCGACAGCCUAGACCCCAACCAGAAACAGGUCGUGCGGCGAACGCCUGACUUUGCCGCUCUGGAGGCGGCCUAUCACACUCUGAGCUCGGAGGCCGACGCCGCCAUCCGUCUCAGCAACUACUCCCACAUCGACCUGGGCCUGCUGUUCCAGGAUAUGAUGCUGAGGCCGGCAGGGUCACAGGCCAGCUAGCAGGUCGGAGGGGUGGGUGUCAGGGGUUCGGCGUGACGCGGCUGGGUUUGGAGGAGAAAGUUGGUAGCGAACGCUACCUGUCUAAAUUGGGAUCCUUGAAACGUCUCGCGUCUGCCCAGGUAUUUUCUGCCUGGCUGAUAGGUACUCAAAUGCUACAUUUGGUCUAAGUUGACGAAGAGUGAAACGAUGCAUUGGUUAGAUCAUAGAUGUGGACUCCUUCGUCAUUCGAUGGCCCCGCGGGCUGGGUUCGUCAGCAUAGGGAUUAGGGACCAAUAAUGAAGUGCUGUCAUCGGGGGCUGUCAAUGCGCUGCCGAUCGUAUUGGACCAAACUAUUCGGAUCAGACCAUUGGUUUGCAGUUGUACAAAUAGUUAAUUGUACAAAAUAGUACGGUGUCUGUGUGUGUGUGCGUGCUUGUUCCAUUUCAUAUUUGUCUGUGUUUUUACAGGGCGUCGAAUGUACACAAGCGGCGUAGUUUGUAGUUAUUUGUGAAAAGGGAUGUCGUGAAUGCUGCCCUUUUCUGGCCGACAGUUAGACAUGUGCCUUCCGUGAUCAGUCAUGCUUUUAGUAGGCUAUAUCCGGCGUGUGUUGAAUGAAUGUAUGUGAAUGCGUGCUUGUGUAACUUGUCCGGCUUCUCUUCCGGGCUUUAUGAAUACAUGGCGAGCGACCUUCC